AUGGCUACCGAACAACAACCAUCUGACGACGCCAUUAACCAAAUGGAAGGCCUCAAGAUCACAGACAAUCCGCACAAAGGAAAAAGGUGCUACAACUGCUUGGAGCCAGACCAUAUUGCCAAAAUGUGCCCGAAGAAGAGAAUUCGACGCAACAAGAAACGCAACUAUCGGUUGACGAAGCAAGUCCACUCCAAGUGUACAUUCACUACUAACUACUAUUACAAUGGUAGUGGUGAUGAUGGAAAAGGGACGGCGAAAUAGUUUGUGGGUGGCUUGUGGUUGUUUUGGGU